UACGCACGCACGUGCAAUGUCACCCGUCAAUCAACUUCCUACUUCCGGUUCGGUUUCGAGUGUUGAAGUGUCUCUCUCUCUCCUCAGCUGUGUCCAGUGGUCGUUCAGUGGAGCUGCAGGAGAAGAUGUUGUUCUGGUUUCUGCUGCUGUGUGUGCAGCUGAUGUUGGGAUGGAUCCGUGCGUCAGAACUCACCUUCGAGCUGCCAGACAACGCCAAGCAGUGCUUCUAUGAGGACAUCAGCAUCGGCACCAAGUGCACACUAGAGUUCCAGGUGGUCACUGGGGGUCACUAUGAUGUGGACUGUCGUCUGGAGGAUCCGGACGGGACGGUCCUCUAUAAAGAGAUGAAGAAGCAGUACGACAGCUUCACCUUCACCGCCUCCAGAAACGGCACGUUCAAGUUCUGCUUCAGCAACGAGUUCUCCACCUUCACACACAAGACCGUGUACUUCGACUUUCAAGUCGGCGACGACCCUCCGCUUUUCCCCAACGAGAACGGAGUGACCGCUUUAACACAGAUGGAGUCCGCCUGCGUGUCCAUCCACGAGGCGCUGAAGUCUGUGAUCGACUAUCAGACACACUUCCGUCUGCGAGAGACUCAGGGCCGCAGUCGAGCCGAGGAUCUGAACACCAGAGUGGCCUUCUGGUCCAUCGGAGAGGCCUUCAUCCUGCUGGUGGUCAGCAUCAGUCAGGUGCUUCUCCUCAGGAGCUUCUUCUCAGACAAGAAAACCACUACAACACGCGUGGGCUCCUAACUCCUCACAUACAAGGGUUUUUACACAAAGAAUGAGUUAUUUAAGCUUAAACACCUUGAGCUCGUUGUCCGUGGUCUCGUGUGAUCCUCAGCUCACAUCCAGCAGAAUAUUACAGCGCUGAAAUACAGUGUUCACGUGACGUCAAUGUGAACAUUAAAGGAUGUACAGACACUGCUUGACACACCAGUGUGGUUUAUACACGUCUGAUUGUAUUAUCAUCAUCAUCACUCGAGAUUCGUUCGUCCUUCAGUCUUCACAGAGCCACUGUGUGUUUGAAUGAGAGAGAGAUGUAUUUGCUUUAUGUUGUAAAAACAAGCUUCCUUGCUAAUGUUUCCUACUCAGCAAUUUCUUUUCAUGACUUUCGUGUGUUUUUUUUAUUUUUAUUAGCUGUUUCUUUUUAAUAGCGGUGUAUUGAUUUCUUUACUUGAAUUGGUUAAUAAAUGUCUGGAGGAACGUCUCAAAGACUCUU